UUGAAACCUGGGCUGCUAGCUGGCCUGUCGUGCACCGUUUUGAAGGUCCUAGCCCACCUGGGCUGGCUUAAGCGCACGCUUGGCCAAUCCCACUCAGCAUGCCCGGGUUCUGUCUUCGCUUCAGGCCACUCCUAUUCUCCGGCUGACCCCUGGUGGUCACGUGGAGCUGUUCGCCACGCAAGUCUGGGUCCUUCGGCGAUUGCCCGGGGUCCUUGCUGUCCGGGAGCCGCUCCUAAGCUGCCUGUUCGCGCGAGAGUUUGGAGGGGCGGGUUUGGGUUCAGUGUCUGAUUGGGGCUCUCACCGCAGCACACCCGAGACCCGCUUAGAUACCAGUUAGCACCCGGGGAGCUGGGUCAGGCCGUCGCCGGGCCACCCCGUGUGUGGCAAGCGGCGAAGCGCUCUGGAGAAUCCCGGACAGCUCUGCUCCGCGCAGCCAGGUGUAGUUUCGGGAGCCACUGGGGCCAAAGUGAGAGUCCAGCGGUCUUCCAGCGCCUGGGCCACGGCGGCGGCCCUGGGAGCAGAGGUGGAGCGACCCCAUUACAAUAAAGAUGAAAGGCUGGGGUUGGCUGGCCCUGCUUCUGGGGGCCCUGCUGGGAACUGCCUGGGCUCGGAGGAGCCAGGAUCUCCACUGUGGAGCGUGCAGGGCUCUGGUGGAUGAACUAGAAUGGGAAAUUGCCAAGGUGGACCCCAAGAAAACCAUUCAGAUGGGAUCUUUCCGGAUCAAUCCAGAUGGCAGCCAGUCAGUAGUGGAGGUGCCUUAUGCCCGCUCAGAGGCCCACCUCACAGAGCUGCUGGAGGAGAUAUGUGACCGGAUGAAGGAGUAUGGGGAACAGAUUGAUCCUUCCACCCAUCGCAAGAACUAUGUACGUGUAGUGAGCCGGAAUGGAGAAUCCAGUGAACUGGACCUACAAGGCAUCCGAAUUGACUCAGAUAUCAGUGGCACCCUCAAGUUUGCGUGUGAGAGCAUUGUGGAGGAAUACGAGGAUGAACUCAUUGAAUUCUUUUCCCGAGAGGCUGACAAUGUUAAAGACAAACUUUGCAGUAAGCGAACAGAUCUUUGUGACCAUGCCCUGCACAUAUCGCAUGAUGAGCUAUGAAUCACACUGGAGCAGCCCACACUGGCUUGAUGGAUCGCCCCCAGGAGGGGAACAUGGUGGCAAUGCCUUUUAUAUAUUAUGUUUUUACUGAAACGAACUGAAAAAAUAUGAAACCAAAAGUACAAACUGUGUUGUCUUUUCAUGCCCGGAAUUGGCCCUUACGUUAAGCUUGAAGAUAGAGGGCUAUAGGCAGGAAAGAAAAUGGAGGAGAAAGAAGAGUUUUGGGAUUGAUACAGGAUAAAGGUAGGAGGGCCCUGAACCUUUAAUUCUUCUGCCUUCUGAGACUCCACUCCACUCAUAAACUAGAUAAGCUUUCAGUCAUUGCCCACUCGGUACCAUGUCUAAUUGUGAAGAGAGGAAUCUCCAUGAGGAAGCAGGGGAACAUAAGUGUAUGGUAGUGUAGAAUUCCAGAAAUUCCUUGUGUUGAUGCUGUUGAAACUUAAAAUAAGACAGGGCUUGGUCUUGAAGGAAAUAAUGGACAUGCAUUAUUCUUCCUUCCUUGCCCAUCCAGAUGGAGGGACCAGCAAGAACAGAGACAGGAAGGGGAAAAUGGAUCUGACCAACUCAGCUGAAAAGUAAGGGCUUUAUCGGAUAGGGACAGAUGAGGUAAGGAACAUUGUUUAAUGAGAGGCCUUGUUUGCUAGCCUAAGCUUUUAAAUUUGAUGCCAGUAGCAACAAUAAAGUGUAUCUUUCUUACCUCUA